AUGGCGUCCAUAACAGCGCCCACCCCGAUACCCCCCAACUGCACAGUCUACGUCCGCAACCUCGAAGAGCGCAUCAAAGUCGACCAGCUAAAAGAAGCGCUGGAAGAGAUCUUCUCCGAAUACGGCACGGUACUUGAAAUCGUCGCGAAAACGAACCUGAAGGCGAAAGGACAGGCGUUUGUUGUCUUCGACACCGUGGAGGCGGCGACCCGCGCCAUCGACGAAAUCAAUGGCUUCGAACUCUUCGAUAAACCCAUGGUGUUGGAUUACGCGAAGACGAGAAGUGAUAUGACGGUGUUGCGUGAGGGCGGGGAGGAUGAGUUGGAGGCGCAUAAGAGACGGAGGUUGGCUGAGAAGGAACGCAAACAAGCGCACGAAGCCCUCGAAGCUCAGAAAAAGCUCAAGCGACCCCCCGGCGCACCUACGGAACCUGGCCGUCCUGCGAAAACUGCCAAGGGCGCUGGUCUCAAGCCUACCAGUGGGGCUGCGGCGGCGGUUAUUCCGGACGAGUAUUUGCCUCCGAACAAGAUUCUCUUCUUGCGCGAUUUGCCCGAUACUGCGGAUCAGGACAGUCUGACGGCUGUGUUUGGUCGGUUCGAGGGAUUCCAGGAGGUUCGGUUGGUCCCCGGACGCAAGGGUAUUGCGUUCGUCGAGUACGAGAACGAGUCUGGGGCUAUCAGUGCCAAGGAGGCGACGUCGGGGAUGGCUAUGGGAGAGGCUGGAAAGCCCAUUCGCGUUACUUACCAGAGACAAUGA